AUGGUUGAAGCACCCAAGCAGACGCCUAAUUCUGGAACCGAGGAAGAGCUCACUCUUGAGCACCUAGGCUACCAACAGGAGUUCGAACGAACCUUCAGUCUCCUAGUUAUGGUGGGCUUCAGCUUCAGUAUCGUCACCUGCUGUAGCGCACUCAGUGGAGUCUUUAUCAUCGGCGUGACCGCGGGCGGACCAGCAGUGAUGCUCUUUGGCUGGGUAGGAGUAUGCGUAUCCACCUUUGCGGUUGCCCUAGCCAUGGCAGAGUGGUUCUUCAUGCUGGCACCAUCUUGGAUCGCUCGACUCAUGUCGUACAUUACUGGGUGGUUGAUGAUUACGGGUAUCCUUGCCAUGGGCUCCGCGAACAGCCAACUUUAUCCUCGGCCAGGGAAAUUGGUAUAUCCUGGGCUUGUCAUACAGCGGUGGCAUACGGUGCUUGUCACCUAUGCAGUCGCCAUCUGGGCUUUUGCGGUCAACAUCUGGAUGCCGCAUCUGCUCAAUCGCCCGUCCCGGGCCAUCUUGCUGUGGAACGUCGCCUCCUUCCUCAUUAUCAUCAUCGUGCUGCUAGCAACAAGAAACGACAAACAAGACGCAGCAUUCGUAUUUCAGGAUCUCCAGAACAUGACUGGCUUCAGUUCCGCAAUGGCAACGAUGGUCGGCAUACUGCAGAGUUUCUUCGGCAUGUGCUGCUACGAUACUCCAAGCCAUAUGAAUGAAGAAAUUAUGCAUCCUUCACGGAACGCCCCUCUGGCCAUGAUCAUGUCUAUCGGAAUGGGCGCUGUGACGGAGUUCAUCUUUCUACUUACGCUCUGCCUCUGCAUUGGCAAGAUCGGCACCUGCUUCAUGGCAAGCAUGAUGACGACCAUCAUGAUGGUAGCCAGUGUGAGUCUGGUCGCCGAGGGCUCACGCGCGCUAUUCGCAUUCGCUCGAGACCGCGGGCUGCCGUUUUCUGGUCUCCUCGCCACAGUCGCUCAACGGAGGAUGAUCCCCAUCAAUCCCAAUCUAGUAGCGGUUGUGAUUCAGAUGGCGUUCAAUUCCAUCUACUUUGGUACGUUCACUGGUUUCAACACAAUAGUCUCCAUAGCGACCACGGGAUUCUAUGUCUCGUACGCCCUCGUCCUGCUCUCCGGACUCCUAGGCCACGCGUUCGGCCACCACAUCGCCUCCGGCACCACAGGCCCUUUCCCCUCUGAGGACCCCGUAACCUCGGAGUCCAUGAACUACACCAGCGCAGCCGUCGGUAUCAUCGCGUUCCUUAGCAUAGCCACCUGGUUCACGACUGCACGGAAACAAUUCAAGGGACCAGCCGAUAUCAAGGGUCUGGCUAGCCUCUUCAAGAAGGAGAAGCCCGAAGACGCCUUCGCGAAUCUGACAGAAGAAGAAUAA